GCCUGGUUCCAGAGUUUAAAGGGACCCAGGAGUAGGUGGAGGCAGGUCAGAGCCUGGGUGACUGCAACUCUAGCCAUGAUGCCUAGCUUCCUCUCCCCGAGCCUCUCUCGCCUGGGCCUGUGGGCUUCUGGACUGAUCUUGGUCUUAGGUUUCCUCAAGCUCAUCAGCCUCCUGCUGCGGAGGCAGAAGUUAGCCAGAGCUAUGGAGAGUUUCCCAGGACCUCCGACCCACUGGUUCUUUGGGCAUUCCCGCGAGAUGCAGCAGACAGGGAGCCUGGACAAAGUGGUGUCCUGGGCCCACCAAUUCCCCUAUGCCCACCCACUCUGGUUUGGACAGUUCAUAGGCUUCCUGAACAUCUAUGAGCCAGACUAUGCCAAAGCUGUGUACAGCCGCGGAGACCCUAAGGCCACGGACGUGUAUGACUUCCUCCUCCCGUGGAUUGGGAAAGGCCUGCUGGUUCUUGAGGGGCCCAAGUGGUUCCAGCACCGCAAGCUACUCACCCCUGGCUUCCAUUAUGACGUGCUGAAGCCCUACGUGGUUGUGUUUGCUGAGUCUGUGAGCGCCAUGCUGGACAAGUGGGAGAAAAAGGCUCGUGAGGACAAGUGCUUUGACAUCUUCUCCGAUGUGGGCCACAUGGCGCUGGACACGCUCAUGAAGUGCACCUUUGGCAAAGGAGACAGCGGCCUGAGCCAAAGGGACAGCAGCUACUACCUGGCAGUCAGCGAUCUCACUCUGCUGAUUCAGCAGCGCAUGCAGUCCUUCCAGUACCAUAAUGACUUCGUCUACCGGCUCAGCCCCGAUGGCCGCCGCUUCCUGCGGGCCUGCCAGGUGGCCCACGACCACACAGACCAGGUCAUUAGGGAGCGGAAGGCAGCCCUGCAGGAUGAGAAAGAGCAGAGGAAGAUCCAGAACCGGAGGCACCUGGACUUCCUGGACAUUCUCCUGGGUGCUCAGGAUGGAGAUGGGAUCAAGCUGUCAGACGCAGACCUCCGGGCUGAAGUGGACACGUUCAUGUUUGAAGGCCAUGACACCACCACCAGUGGCAUCUGCUGGUUUCUCUACUGCAUGGCGCAGUAUCCUGAGCACCAGCAUCGUUGCCGGGAGGAGGCCCGCGAGAUCCUAGGAGACCGGGACUCCUUCCAGUGGGAUGAUCUGAGCAAGAUGACUUAUCUGACCAUGUGUAUCAAGGAGUGCUUCCGCCUCUACCCGCCAGUGCCUCAGGUGUACCGCCAGCUCAGCAAGCCUGUCACCUUUGUGGAUGGCCGAUCUCUACCUGCAGGCAGCCUGGUCUCUCUGCACAUCUAUGCCCUCCAUAGGAACAGCGCGGUGUGGCCCGACCCUGAGGUCUUUGACCCCCUGCGCUUUUCCCCUGAGAAUGCGUCUGGACGCCACCCCUUCGCCUUCAUGCCCUUCUCCGCGGGGCCCAGGAACUGCAUUGGGCAGCAGUUUGCCAUGAAUGAGAUUAAGGUGGUCACGGCCCUCUGCUUGCUCCGCUUUGAGUUCUCUCUGGACCCCUCGCGGCCGCCCAUCAAGGACCUCCAGCUGAUCCUGCGCUCCAAGAAUGGUAUCCACCUCCGCCUGAAGUCGCUGAGCCCUGGCUCUGGGAAGUAGCUCUGGUGAGAGUAGGGCCCCAGACAGCCCAGGCUGUGGCCUCUCCCGGGCACCACCCCCCUGGCUGGCUGUGGAGUUGUGGCAUCCACCCUUUGGGAGGCUUGCAGUUUAGAAGGGGAGUAGGCACUGCCAUGACAAUCAUCUGCAGGACAGUGCCACGUAAACGUGCAGGUCUGUUUAUUAUGCAUGUAUUCCAGAGCUCAUUCAUUCGCUUAACAAA